CUCCUCCUUCACUGCGGCCACGACUCGCACGCCGCACGCAAGACAGAACCGCCCGAAUUGGACUUUUGUAGGACUAUAGUAGCGGAGUGGGCCGCUCUUCUUUCCCUCCCAUGUCGCCACGCGCGUCCGGUUCGGCGCGGACUGACUGCUGUGCAUCCCUCCUUCUAAUCUGCUCCAAGGUGUCAUGAAUUUGGAGCGGCUCUCAGAGGCCGCGGCGGCUCGGGCACACGCCAACCCGAACCCCGCUCCGCCACCGCCACCGCCGCCGCCGCCACAGGCGUCGCGUCAAGCGGGCCCCGCGUUCCACUUGCAGCCGAGAAGCUCCAACAUCAACACGGGCACUCGCGGAGGGGCCUUGCAGGAAAAUUCAAGCAGCGAGUCUUCGGACGCAGAGUUGGCAGCGGAAAAGGAGCGCUCCGCCGAGCUGCUGCUGCGUAGCGGUGGUGGAGGAGGAGGACCGGACGAAGGGGGUACCGAGGACCCCAAAAAGAAGAAGCAGAGGCGGCAACGUACGCACUUCACCAGCCAGCAGCUGCAGGAGCUCGAGGCCACCUUCCAGCGGAACCGAUACCCCGACAUGAGCACCCGGGAGGAGAUCGCUGUGUGGACCAACCUCACCGAAGCCAGAGUUCGGGUGUGGUUCAAGAACCGUCGCGCCAAAUGGCGGAAACGCGAGCGCAACCAGCAGAUGGACCUGUGCAAGAACACGUAUCUGCCUCAGUUUAGCGGCCUCAUGCAGCCUUACGAAGAUAUGUACCCGGCGGCCUACACUUACAACAACUGGACCAACAAAGGUCUGCACGGGCCAACGGCGCCGCUGGCCGCCAAGAACUUCCCCUUCUUUAACUCCAUGAGCCCGCUGGCGUCGCAGUCCGUCUUCUCGUCGUCGCCCACCUCCAUCUCCGGCAUGAGCAUGCAGCACGCGGCGGCAGCGGCGGCGUCGGCCGGCAUGGCCCACUCGGGCGUGCCCUCCAUGGGCGCCCCGCCGGGCCUCAACAAUAUCGGCAACCUCAACGCCAUCGGCAACGCCGGCAUGUCGUCGCCGGCCUGCCCGUACGGAGCGGCCGGCUCGCCCUACAGCGUUUACCGGGAAACGUGCAACCCGGGCCUGGCCACGCUCAGACUCAAGUCCAAGCAGCACCACCCGACGUUCGGCUACGGCGGCCUGCAGAGUCCCGGUUCCGGACUCAACGCCUGCCAGUACAACAGCUGACCCCGUUCUACUGGAUUAGGGGCGAUCCUCGUUUGCGGCCGUCGGAUAGGGCGCCUUUUGUGCAGGUUUUCUCUCGGAUCAAGACUCCUUACACUGUACAUACACUAUACAGGCUUUAAAUGUACAAUAUUUGUCUUUUUGUGCUUGCGUUAGAGGACUAACCCCUCCCCCCUUCAAAAAAAAAAAAAAAAUGUCCAAAAAUAUAAUAUUGUACAUAU